AUUAUUUUUGUUCUGGGUAGUCCCGUACAGUCCUGCCGUCGGCUGCCCCUCACGCCUUGCUUGGAUUUUGGCUACUUUUGGAGUUAAGCCGCUUCUCUCCCUUUUUCCUGCAAAAUUUGGAGUUAGCCACAAAUUGAGAGAGCAAAGGGGCCCACAGGACAGUCUGAAAGAAAGCGCACAGCCACAAUCCAUUCAGGAUGUCAGGAUCCUUGCAAGUGCAGCAGGAGCAGCGGGACCUCGAGACGCACUAUGAAAGCAGCUACCACCGAAGCUCGCUGUCCUCCGUCAGCCACCAUUCCUAUACUUCUCACGUGAGCAGCAAGGGGGUGAAGACUACGAGGAAGAAGCAGGAGAAGAAACUGAGCACCCUCUCCAAAAAAGACAAGCGGGCCCGCCUGGCAGUGGACAAAGAGGACGAGGUCAUUGGAUACGUGGUUCCGGUCUUUAGAAGCAGUCAUUUAGCCACUCAGGAGCUGAUGGAGAGCCAGGAGGAGGUGAAGGAGGAGGGCGUGGGUUACGUGGUGAUGAGGAACCUCUUCUCCAGAGAUACUGAUUACCAGCUCAGAGUGGAGAAGAAGACCCAUAGCAGGAGUAUGAGGGAAUCAGCUGAACGCCUGGCCCUGGGCAAGAAGAUACAAGAGAAGCAGGAGUUUCAGAAGAAGAUGAACCAGGACAGCCUGACCCACCCUCCCGAGUUCACAGUGAAGCCGCGUGGUCAGACAGUGUGGGAGGGCAAGAGUGUGACACUGCACUGCACUGCGGCCGGCUGGCCCAAACCACGUGUGGCCUGGUACAAAAACAACGUGCUCAUUGAUGCCAAGGCUCACCCGGAGAAGUACACUACCGAGAGCAAUUACAACAUUCACUCCCUGGAGAUCAAGAAGUGUGAUUUCAGUGACACUGCCGAGUACCGCAUCUCAGCUCUUAAUGUGAAGGGAGAGAGCUCUGCCUUUGCCUCGAUCAUUGUUAAAAGAUUUAAAGAUGAAGAAGUUACUGAAAGACCACAUGGCUACAGUCCCGAAUAUGGUGUCACUUUCAGGACCACUAUUAUUGAUAAGUUUGAAGUUGCCUUUGGCCGAGAAGGAGAGACUAUGAGCUUGGGCUGCACUGUUGUCAUCUAUCCGACUGUCAAGCGCUACCAGCCUGAGGUGCUCUGGUACAGGGAUGGUGUCCUCCUGACUCCCUCUAAGUGGGUGCACAUGCACUGGAGUGGGGAUCGGGCCACUCUGACGCUGGUCCACCUCAACAAAGAGGACGAAGGGCUCUACACCCUGCGCAUCAACACCAAGUCCGGCUUUGACUCUCACUCCGCCUAUGUGUUCGUCAGAGAUUCUGAUGUGGAGGUGGAGGGGGUUCCUGUUGCUCCGCUUGAUGUUCGGUGCCAUGAUGCUAAUAAGGAUUAUGUGGUGGUCACCUGGACCCAGCCUGCAGUUGAGGGUAGCAGCUCCAUCCUGGGCUACUUUAUAGACAGGUGUGAGGUUGGCACCCACCAUUGGGCCCAGUGCAACGACACCCCAGUGAAGUAUGCCCGCUUUCCUGUCACCGGGCUCAUUGAGGGGCGCUCCUACAUCUUCCGGGUGAGGGCCCUCAACAAGGCUGGAGUGAGCCACCCCUCACGAGUCUCUGACCCUGUAGUGGCCAUGGACCCCUCUGACCGGGCCCGCCUGAGAGCUGGUCCUUCUGCUCCAUGGACUGGUAUGAUCAAAUUUACUGAGGAAGACCCCACAGUGGGUGUAAUACCUGGGGCUCCUACUGACCUGGCAGUGACCGAGGCCACCAAGAGCUAUGUGGUGCUCAGCUGGAAGCCCCCUGUGCAGAGAGGACAUGAGGGGCUCAUGUACUAUGUGGAGAAGUGUUUGGUUGGCACAGAGACGUGGCAGAGGGUGAACACUGGCAUGCCAGUUAAGUCUCCUCGUUUUGCCCUGUUUGACCUGGCUGAGGGUAAAUCCUACAACUUCCGUGUGCGCUCCUGCAACUCUGCGGGAGUUGGAGAGCCAUCUGAGGAAACUGGGGCCACUACUGUGGGAGACAAGCUGGACUUACCCUCAGCCCCAGGGUCAGUUGUGGCCAUCAGGAACACAGCCUCAUCUGUUGUGGUGACCUGGGGUGUCUCCAGGGAGGCCAGGAAUCUGCAUUACUACAUUGAGGUCAGCGUGGUGGGGAGCAAUGUGUGGGUGCCUUGCAACAACAAGCCAGUGAAAGGAUCCAGGUUUGUGUGUCAUGGGCUGAACACUGACGAUAACUGCGUGUUCAGAGUGAAGGCAGUGAAUGCUGCAGGCUACAGCACUUACUCCGCCGAGUCUGAGGCCUGCGUUGUGAAACCAAGCAUUAAGGUCCCCUCACCUCCCUCUGCUGUGACUCUGCUGGAGCGUGUGCGUGACUACAUGGUGGUGGGCUGGAAGGCUCCUGCUAAGACUGGGGGAGCCGACAUCAGGGGGUACUACCUGGACUACAGGACCGUUAAAGGAAACGUCAAGAGCAAGUGGCAUGAGAUUAACCUAAAGGCCGUCACUGACACUACUUACAAGGUAGAGAACUUGAAGGAGAACACUUUCUACGAGUUCCAGGUGCGUGCAGUUAACCAGACUGGUAUUAGCGAGGGUUCUGUUCCCAGUGUUGCCUUUGAAUGCAAAGAGUGGACCGUUGCAGUGCCAGGGCCUGCUCAUGGCCUUCAUGUGCUGGAGGUGCGGAAGAACUCCAUGGUGCUGCUGUGGGAACCGCCCACAUUCAACGGUCGUAGUCCUGUCACUGGGUACUAUGUGGACAUCAAAGAAGAGAAGGGAAAAUGGAGAGGCGUUCAGGAAAGGUCGACCAAGAAUACCUACCUGAAGAUAUGUGGGCUGAAGGAAGGUGCCUCCUAUCAGUUGCGUGUACAUGCUAAGAAUAUAGUCGGUGUCGGUGGACCUUCACAAACCUUAGGCCCUCUUGUUGCUCAGACCCGGCCAGGCACUAACGAGAUUGUGGUGGAUGUGGAUGACAAUGGCGUGAUCUCCAUGAUCUUUGAGUGCUCACAGAUGGCUGAAGGUUCUCAGUUUGUGUGGUCCAAGAACUACAAGGCCCUCACUGAUGCCUCCCGUCUCACUGUUGAAACAGUUGGGGGAAAAUCCAGAGCCAUCUUUAAUGACCCCUCAUUGGAGGACCUGGGUACCUAUUCUUGUGUGAUUUCCAACACUGACGGAGUUUCUGCCAGCUACACUCUGACAGAGGAGGGUCUGAAACGCUUGUUGGAAAUUAGCCAUGAACAUCAAUACCCCAUUAUUCCCUUCACUUCCGAAAUGGCCGUCGAGCUUCAGGAGAAAGGACGUGUGCGUUUCUGGACCCAAGUCGCCAAGUUUACUGCAAACUGCCAAGUGCAGUAUGUCUUCAAUGACAACAUCAUUACUCAAGGAAAGAAAUACACAAUGAACUUUGACAAGAGCACCGGCAUUAUCGAGAUGUUCAUGGACUCCCUGGAAGUCACUGACGAAGGAACCUUCACAUUUAACCUUGUUGAUGGCAAAGCAACUGGUCGGACCAGCUUGGUACUUAUUGGUGCAGAAUUUGCUGAGAUUCAGAAGAAGUCUCAGUUUGAGAGAGCUGAGUGGGUCAGAAAACAAGGCCCUCACUUUGUGGAGUACUUGAGUUUCGAGGUCACACCAGAAUGUGAUGUAUAUCUGAAAUGCAAGGUAGGAAAUAUCAGGGCUGACACUGAGAUAGCCUGGUUUAAGGACGGAAUUGAGAUUGAGGAGGGCGAUGAGGACGCUCAAAAGAUUGGCAUUGCCCAAGGAGUGCUAUCCUUCAACAUUGGCAAGCUUGUAAUUAAGAGCGAAAAAGAAGAAAAAAAGAAACCUGCUAAACCUGCUGCCGAAGAAACCCCAAGAAAACCAAAACUUUCAAAGAAGGAUGCAGGUGUCUAUGAAGUCGAACUGAGUGAUGAGAGAGGAAGGGAUAAGACUUUGCUGAAUCUGACAGAUGCAUGUUAUCAGGCUGUGCUGAAUGAAAUGUUCAGAGUUAUAGCCAACUCUUCCACCGAAUUGAAAGUUGAGAGCACAGAGCAUGGCAUAAUACUCUACACAAAUGUUGUGCACUGCACUGAGGAGCUCCGUGUCAGCUGGCUUCACAAAGAUUCAAAGAUAUCGCACUCAGACCGUGUGCAGUGUGGAGUAACAGGAGAGCAGCUGUGGCUGAAAAUCAAGGAGCCCACAGACAAGGACAAGGGCAAAUACGCCAUCGACAUCUUCGAUGGCUCUGCAGGAGUCAAGAGGGUUCUUGACCUUACUGGACAAGUAUGGGAGGAGGCCUAUGCAGAGUUCCAGAGGCUGAAGGCGGCAGCCAUCGCGGAGAGAAACAGAGCACGUGUGGUGGGAGGCCUGCCAGAUGUGGUCACUAUCCAGGAGGGCAAGUCUUUGAACCUCACUGGCAAUGUAUGGGGUGACCCUGUUCCUGAAGUCAGCUGGACGAAGAAUGACAAGGAGCUGCUGCCUGACGAGCACUACACGCUCAAGUUUGAGCAUGGCAAGUUCGCCAGCAUAACCAUCGCGGCCGUCAGCACAGCCGACUCGGGCAAAUACGCCCUGGUGGUGAAGAACAAGUACGGCAAGGAAGCCGGCGAGUUCACGGUCAGCGUCUACAUCCCAGAGGAUGAGGCUGAGAAGAAAGACUAGAGGAAGAUGAAGAUAUGAAGAUUAGGGGGAUAGAGAAUCCUGAAUAUGACCACUUCACAUCCCACAGCAUUUUACUCCAAAGCAUGUUCAGCCACCCAGAAACAGUAAAGACCAGGAUGCCUGCCAGUUUGUAACAAGUAACUUCAGUAAAAUUGUGCAUAUUUAGCCUGCUCUUUUAGCCUGUUCAUCUAGACUGGCACAAGUUGUUGUAAAACUCUUACAUUGAAAUAAUCAUAAUGCAGCAUUACUGCAGCUGUUUUUGGAUCAAACUUCAUGAAAAUCAAGAGGUGAACAUGAUUUGAAUUAAAAUGCUUUGAAUGUUGCCUUACUUAUUUACAUAUAAACUGGGAUUCUUUAGUGCAAAAUUA